AUGGACUGGAAUGAGCUCGACAACUGGUACAUGUCAAUUAUUGGGCCUGCAGAGGGCUGGCAUUCGGUCUUUGCAGAAAUUUCGUCGACAAGAGCCGCAGUCGACCUCGACAUUCCAACCCUAGAGAAUGAAUUCCUACAGGCUCAGCUUCAUGUCCAUCGAACGCUUCUCAAACAAACAGAAAUAUUGCUCAAGCGCCCCCGACAUCCUAUCUCGCAACCUGCUGAUCUGCGAUUUCUGCUCAUCAUUCUGGAAAACCCACUGCUACAUAGUAGCCAGCUGCCUCUGGAAGGAUUGGCACAACGCAAUGGUGCUGGUCGCAGACCGCAAGCCAUACACCAAACGCUUCAAAAGGAUCGUUCGGCGACCAUGCCUUCGUCUGGCCCCUUAUCUGGCCAACAUUCAGGCAUCAUCAAACGGCUUAUUGGCCUCAUCUCGAAUUCGCCCGCGCUCUGUCAUAACCAUUUGAUUACCUGGUGGAUCAAAUUUGAAAAGGACCGCUACGUUAAAGCGAAGGAUUUAUUUUCUGGCUUCCUAGCAUAUAGAAUGCUCAGACAAAGGAAUAAGAAGCCAGUUAAAACUGCAGAUGAGGACGCAGUCACGUCAUUCUUGAUACCGCAGAUGCGAAGCGGUCAAUCUGGUGCGCAGAUACAUGACGAAAUUGGAGCACUGAGCUUGUCAAACACGUCCAAGAAAUCUACGGAGCCGGAAAAGAUAACGUCGUAUCCGGACGACUGGCAAGUGAAAGCGACUUCUCGAGUUCUUGCUCUAAUAUUCGCGGCGAAUGACCCUAACGCUACUCGCGAUGCUCAUCACCAUCAUCACAGUGGCCACAAGUUACCGAGUAGUGACUUCUAUGUUUCCAUGGUUGACUAUAUUGACCUCGUCAAAGAUUUUGAUGCCUGGGAAGCUAAGCAGGGGUCCUUUUCCUUUUGCCAAUAUCCAUUCCUUCUCAGCGUCUGGGCUAAGACGGCGAUCCUGGAGCACGACACGCGCAGGCAAAUGCAAACCAAAGCGAGAGCUGCGCUGAUAGACAGCAUUAUGUCUAACAAGUCUGUACAGCAAUAUUUGACUCUUACUGUCCGCCGCGAGUGCCUCGUUGACGACAGUUUGAUGGCGGUUAGCGAAGUCAUUGGUAGUGGAACAGAUGAUAUAAAAAAGGGACUCCGUAUCAAAUUCCGGGGCGAAGAAGGAAUUGAUGCCGGCGGUCUGAGAAAAGAAUGGUUUCAACUGGUCAUUCGAGAUGUGUUCAACCCAGAUUACGGAAUGUUUCUUUACGACGAGGAUUCCCAAUUCUGCUACUUUAACCCCAAUUCGUUGGAAUCCACUGAUCAAUAUUUUUUGGUGGGAGUGGUUUUGGGUUUGGCAAUAUACAACUCGACAAUUCUUGACGUACCACUGCCACCAUUUGCGUUCAAGAAGCUGCUGGCCGCGGCACCUGCCCACGGUACGACAUCGUUGGCUCACGCCCCUCUGCACCUAAAGUACACACUUGAAGAUCUUGCCGAGUACCGUCCAAGACUUGCUCGAGGACUGCAGCAACUUCUCGAAUACGACGGAGAUGUGGAGUCUACAUUCGCACUGGACUUUGUUAUUGAAAAUGCAAGAUAUGGAUCCGUAACCACGGUGCCUUUGUGCGACGGCGGAGAUCGACGAUCAGUCACCAACGCCAAUAGACGAGAGUAUGUGGAUCUCUAUAUUCGCCAUGCGCUCGACGUGUCGGUGCGGCGCCAAUUUGAUCCAUUCCGGCGCGGAUUCUACAAUGUCUGUGGUGGCAAUGCAUUCUCUCUUUUUCGUCCGGGGGAAAUCGAGCUACUAAUCAGAGGCUCCGACGAGCCACUCGAUGUUGAUUCUCUGAGAGCCGUCGCUGAAUAUCAGAAUUGGGACAACAAACAGCCUGACGGAGUUGAGCCAGUCGUUAGCUGGUUUUGGGAGACUUUCAAAAAAGCAGAGCCGGGAGAUCAGCGUCGCCUGCUUUCAUUCAUCACUGGCAGUGAUCGUAUACCAGCUACUGGUGCUACGUCUCUGAGAAUCAAGUUGUCGUGUCUUGGCGAUGACAGCCCUCGAUUCCCAGUCGCAAGGACGUGCUUUAACCAGUUAUCUUUAUGGCGUUAUCGCACGCAACAGAAACUUGAAUAUGUUCUUUGGAGAGCCGUGAAAGAGAGCGAAGGAUUUGGCCUCAAGUAG